GUCGGGCGGGGAUGGGGCGAGGCGCGGUGCCCGCGGGCGCCCUGUGCCUGGGCGCUGCGCUCAGCGGCAUCCUCAGCUUCGGGCUCCUGGCCGUGGCCAUCGGGUCGGACUAUUGGUACCUGGUGCGGGUGGAACCGGCUCGGGACCCGGAGUCGCUCAGCUCCCACUCCGGGCUCUGGCGGGUCUGCGAAGGCAGGAACGUCUGCGUCCCACUGAUCGACCCAUUUGGGAGCGAAACCCAAGAGGUGCCCAAGUCACUGCAGCAUCUUAUCUGCAUGCACCGGGCCUUGGUGGUCAUGCUGCCGCUCAGCCUCAUCCUCCUCGUCUUCGGCUGGAUCUGUGGCGUCCUCAGCUCCUUGGCACAAAGCUGCCAGCUGCUGCUCUUCACAGGCUGCUACUUCCUGCUGGGAGGCCUGCUGACUUUGACCGGGAUCAGCAUCUACAUCAGCUACUCGGAGGCGGCCUUCGCUGAGACCGUCCGCAUGUACAACCAACAGCACUUUGACCACGUCCACGUCAGCUUUGGCUGGUCCAUGGCACUGGCCUGGCUCUCCUUCAGCUCGGAGGUGCUGGCUGGCUCCCUCCUCCUCCUCGCUGCCCGGCUCCUAAGCCUGCAGCAAGCCACACGCUCUGUGGCCAUCUGAGCCACAGGGAGAUGGGCAGAGACACCCCAGCGCUCCACCACCUGCAGCCUCUUUGGGACGGACCUUUCUGCCACCCCAUGCCCCACGCACCCAGCUGCAGGCCCCCUGCAUUGCAGCCCCUGCUGCUGGGAGGGAAGCGGGUAGGGGGCAGAGGCUAAAGCCCCACAGCAUCAGGUCCAGACUGACCCUCCACCCCCUGGUGCUGCUGGCUGCAGCUUGGAUUCCCUGAGUUCCUGGGGCUGGGCCUGGCGGCCAGCUCCCCUCAAUCCAAUGGUGGAGGCCAGCCUGUUCGAGAGGGCCUGCCCCUCCCCACACAGAGCCAGCCGGCUGCAGGGAGGAGGAUGGGGACCAGGGGAGAGCAAAGGGCAGAUGCUGCUGCACCAUGCUCAGAGCUGGAGAGGAGCAGAGCAGCCAUAGCAUCAGAGCGGUGCUAAGCCUGGGGUGAAGGAAGCAGCGCCAAGGGGCAGUCAGCCCCAGCCUGAGGCUUUGCCGCUUGCAGCCUGCCACAGCCCCCUGCUGCUACUGCUGCCCUCCCAUCGCCAGCGCAUCUGGCCUCCUGUCUGGCCUGCCUCUGCCCCAA